CAACAAAGUCUAGGAAUAUUGGCUAAAUAUACCAGGGAUGAGACGAGCAAAGGCAAUCAAAAAGUAAAGCUGCACCGCCAAUGGAAGUCAAAAACAGCCUAGAUGUCAGCACGCUUUAUGUGAACUAAGGUAACAUAACAAACCAACCCUAGUAUGGAUACCUGGACCCAAUCACCUUGAGGGCAAUGCAAUGGCGGAUCUUCUUGCCAGAACGGGAUCAACUUUGUGCUCGGCAUUGCUCAUGACACGACAAAUCAAACCUAGGCGGACAACAGAGUCUACAACAUUGGCUAAAUAUACCAGGCAGGGAUGAGACAAGCAAAGGCAUUGUGGACCAGUGGAACCGAGUUAACUUGUCUUGAUUUGCAAUAUGAAGCCAUACAAAAAUUGAUUGGAUGAUCCCGGAUACCUGUUGAACACCUUUAGGCCAACUUAGGUAAAACUUGAAAGGUGAACAAUAAUAUAAUCAAGUCCAAUAUAGAUGACAUAUAGGAGAAAUUCCACAGAAUCUUUAUGUUGCUCAAAGAAAUGACAUCUAACUGGAUAAUGCUCAAGAAGCCCAUGCUCAAUAAACUGCGAGUCGAAUACAAGGCCUAUGAAGCGACUUUCAAACCCAUAAUCAAGAGUGUCAUAGAAAAACGCAGGAACAAAUUAAUGGAUGCAUUCAACAGAGCUCACUUGUCUAUCCCUGAAGUACUUUCUGUCAACCCCGAAGACAUGCACCAAGAAGCCUUUUUGUCCUUGUUUGGAUUGACUCACGAAAAUUAUACCAAAAUCAUCAACCAAAAAAACAAAAGGUGCAAUCCUGAAAGAGGAGCAGUUUAAGGCUUACAGCAAUAGAAGUACACAUGGUUGUUCCAUACAUAAGGAAACUUUGGUUCAAACAAGCGACUAUCAGGGUGCUUCCAUGUUUAAUUGUUUAUUUCCAUUUUAAUUUAAAAUUAAUUCUAAGGUUUAACUAUCACA